UUUAAAGAGAGCGACAGACGGAGUGAGUAAAGGGGGGAGUUUUCUUGGAGUAAAAUAGUCAAAGUGGGUGUUAAUACAGAGAGGCACUUGGUUUGCUUCGUGUUGUAAUCUUCUUCUUCUUCUUCAGAGAGAGACGUUUAUAGAGAGGGGAGGAGGAAAGGCAAUCAAUUCAUUUCAGUGAGCCCCAGAUGCUCUUUCAAUGGGCAAGGGCGAACAACAAGACCACAAUCUGAGACACGAUCAUCGACAUGAAGCCUCUUCUUCGGGGCUGUUCUAUGACAGAUUCUCGAGAAUUUCCAGAUACUUCAGUUUCAGAUGCAUCUUUGUGUUACUCCUUUGUUUGGCGCUUUUGGUUUCUGGGAUCUUCUGGAUCAUUCCUUCCCACACAAAGAUAUAUGGGUUUGAUGCGAAAGACGAAAUUAAGCUCAGCGCCAGAGUUCAGGCGUGCUUCAGAUUACGGAAGCCAGUUUCGCAGCUAGUUCCGUAUAUUGGAAGACUCGAAUAUGAUAUAUAUGGGGAAAUAAGCACUCCAGAUAUGAAGGUGGUUAUUCUAUCAAUGCAUCAAUCAGACACUUCAAACUGGACUGAUGUGGUGUUUGGCGUUCUUUCUGAUCCUAUAAAUGUUCCAAUAAAUUCAGUGUUUCUGAGUGUAUUGAGGUCUUCUUUAAUUGAGCUGUUCCUUCAGCAAUCCAAUCUGACUUUGACAACAUCGAUUUUUGGGGAGCCCUUUAUGUUUGAGAUAUUGAAGUUUCCUGGAGGAAUUACCAUUAUUCCUCCACAAUCUAAUUUCAAUUGGCUGAGUGCCAUUACACUAUUUAAUUUUACUCUUAAUAACCCCAUGUCUGAAAUAGAUGAAAAUCUGAACAAGUUAAAGGAGCAGUUGAAUCUCGAAUUGCAUCUGAGACCAUACGAGAUUCUUUUUGUGGAAUUAACAAAUGAGGUUGGCUCCACUAUAUCAUCCCCAGUCACAGUUCAGGCUUUUGUCGUUUCAGAUAAUGGAAUAAUUCUCCCACAAAGACUGAAGCAGUUGGCCCAAACAAUCACAGACUCUCCUGCUGAUAAUCUAGGCCUGGAUAACUCCGUCUUUGGUAAUGUAAAUAGUGUAAUAUUGUCCUCUGUUUUGAAGGGGAUAACUCAAGUACCUACUCCAGCACCUUCCCCAGCACCAACUCCGGAACUAAGCUACACCAGUGAAUCAUCAACCCCUCCCAACCCCGAUUCUUCUCCAUCUUUUUCUCCACUGUCCCCACCUGACAUUCAUCUUCUGCCACCUUGUUCUCCAUUGCCUGCACCUUCAACGGCUCCCUCCUCACAGUUGUCACCUGAUCUGUCUCCAUCUAUAGCAUAUCAAUCUCUUGCGUCACAAUCGUCUUCAGCAGUAGUCCCAACUUAUCAGGAGAUCUGGUUGCUUGGAAUUUAUGGGUUCCUGAUCUUUCAUCUCAUUUGUUGGCUGCAAUGAUUAACCCUUUUACAUAUCAUACUUUCCAAAAGUAUUCGGGGCAAGGAAAGCCGCACAACUUAAUGAUGUUGGAUACACAGUUUUGUAACAAUGAGGAUGGAUGGAAGCAUCUCCAGCGAAGAGUUCGAGUUCUAACUUUCUGCAAUCAACAUUUUGUGUAAAGGAAACUAAUGAUGAAUUGCAGGUCGAAGCCAGAAAGCUGGCUGGCCUUUAUAUCUUCAACUUUUGACAUCACAAAUGGAUCGGGGGUGGUUGUAUUCCCGAAGGGAACAACACACUAUAGUGAGUGACUUUAGUCGAGUAGCCAUAUUUUGUAUCAGGCCAACUACGAGGUAUGUUUGGCUCUGCAAGAUAGGGCAAAACACCAAAUGUUAUGCACAGAAUUUGUAACAUAUUAUAGUAGUACUGAUAUAAGAGUAUGAUACAUGUUUUCAUUAAUAUGUAAGUGUUUUU